ACUCUCUUUUCCUUAUUCUCUCGCUGCAACUGAAAAUGGCGGAGAAGGUUAACGGCAACGGCGUCGAAGAAGAGAUGUUGAAGAAGCACACAAAGGGAACGGAAACGGAGACUUUGCCGGAGGUCGUUAACCGUAUGGCUUCCGCUAUUUUGUUCCCUGAACCGGUGAACAGUGGAUCCCUACUUCGCCGGAUCAAGGCCUCCGUCGCCGACAACGCUCCUCUUCUUCCAGAAGCUUCUAGAAACUCCGCACACCACGUUCUCCUCUGGACUCGCCAAGGCAGCCCCCUCCGUGCCCUACUCGUCAUCUCCGUUGGAUCCGUUACUUUUGUUGCUCUUACAGGACUGCUUGUAUUUAUGCUUUUCUUUCUGGCUGCGACCAUAAAUGCCAUUGUCAUAUCGUUGCUGAUGUCUUUGGCAGCAGCUGGAGGAUUCUUGGCUCUUUUCUUUGCUUCUGUUACAGCUAUAUACAUUGGAGCGUUAUCACUAGCCAUAUUUGUAAUUUCCGUUACUACAUUUUGGGCAAUUGUGGCUGUUCUGAUAACCACAGGCUGGAUUGGAUUCUUUUAUACUGUGUGGCUGGUAACUAGAAAGAGCUUUGGAUUUGCUAAACACUCACUGAGUGCGACUGGCUCUGCAAUUUCAACUUACACUACUGCUCGGCAUGCCCGCCACCGAGUACACAAAGAUUCAGAUUAAAGGAUGAUCACAAAUAUAAGCUUAUGAACAAAUCUUAAGUUACAUGUGCUUGUUUUGAAAUGACACAAGCUUCUGUUGGCUGGUAUGAUGCCUUAUUCCUAGAUCUUGCACAGUUUGGUGGCGAUGCCUAUCUUUUAUUUUGUACUUGUGAACUGAGAGAAGUUUUGAAAAAUAAUCCAGGUUAUUUUGUGUUGUGUUUGAAGUUUGAUGUUAAUAUAAAACAGUGGCAUUUCUUCUUUAGCCACCUAGUUACCUGGUGUUGUAAACUUAUUGCCGAUAUGAAAUUACACUGCGUGCAAAUGAUGUAAUUUUGAAACGAGUUAUAAUUGUUGCAGCAUUUGUGUGAACAAAGAUGUACAUGCGGUACUAGUGGAGCCACACAUCAUAUUAUC